CAUCAGCCCCCAGCAGGAACCGGGGAUGUGGGUCACUCAGGUCUCACACAGAAGAAGACAGUCUGUCUCCCAGGACAAAGGAUCCAGCUCCAGGCAGUCUCCCCUCCUGCUCAAGGGGGACAACGCUGAAAAAGAACAUGCAGGGCACAGCUCACGCUGACAUGGACUCCGUGUCCUCCCUGAUGCAAAAAAUCACCCUGUUGGAACAAAAAAUAGAUGAACAAGCACAAGAAAUCCAGCUGAAGGACAGGAGGAUUGCUGAACUGGAAGAGAAGAUGAAGACUCUUCAGAAAGGAGAAGAUGCUCCUGACUUACCCACAGCAGAGGAACUGGAAAUUAGGUGCCUUCAGCUGCAGACCCAGGUCUGGGAGAUGGAGCGGUUUCUAAAUGACUAUGGUCUGAUUUGGGUCGGAGAGAGACAUGAACACCUGGAAGAUUUAGAAUCGCUCAAGGAUGAAGAAGAGCUACCAGCAAGGAGCCUCUGGAAGCCAGGUGAAGCAGUCGUUUCCAAACACCAGAUUGAUUUUGAUUUAAUCUUGGAAAAGGUGAAGGAUUUGAACGUGCUGGCUGGAGAAGGCAUUUCUCAGAUCGAGCACACGCCUGGGGGUGCUCGGCUCAGACAGCCCAAACCCCUCCCUCUGACACUCUAUCAAAAUGGGAUCGUGAUGUUCAACGGAGCCUUUCGGCCCUACGAGGACCCAUCCACACAGCAAUGCCUGCAGGAUAUUAUGGAUGGGUAUUUCCCUUCAGAGUUGCAGAUGCGCUACCCAGACGGCAUCCCUUUGCAGGUCACUGACAGAAGGGACGUGGUAUUUCAGGAGAGAGACCUUCCAGGGAGUUUUCCUGGCCACGGCCAAGUGGUCGGCCGCUCAAAAUCAAGUGACGUGCAGAAAACCACCGAGAUCCCAGGGGAGGUUAGAGCUCUCCCUGUCGGCUGUUGUGCUCUCUCCUUUCACCAAAUCAGCCUGUUCUGGGGGAAAAUGGUUUGUCAGAAAGGUCACACAUGGACACAUCUCCUCUCUGCUCCAGCAGGUCGCACAGUCUCCUUGGAGGAGCUUCUCAACACGCUUUCUAAGUCCUCAAAACACAGAGGAGAAGUGAUUGGUGCCCAAUGCUCAGCUAGAACAGCACAGCAGGGCGCUGGUGGGGUGCGGAGCAGCAAAGAGAUCCUGGUGGAGACACCCAGGCUGUCUGCCCUGGAGAGGGUGAAGACAGCUGAAGAGGCUGAAGCUUCUGGCCCUGCUGUCUGCACCCUCCGCAUCAAAUCUGAGAGCGGGGAGCAGACGUACAUCGUAAAGAUGCUGCUCACAGAGACCAUAGGGGACCUGCGCCAGCACCUCACCCAUGCCAGGGGUGGAGACUCCGACUCGUAUGAGAUCAUCAGUACCUUUCCCCAGAGGGUGUACGCAGACAACUCCAGGAGCCUGCAGGAAUGUGGCCUGGUCCCCAAUGCCUCCUUGCUGCUGCGGAGAAGAGACCCCUCCCAACAAGAGGAGACAGGGCUACAAACAGCUCCCAGCAAGAGCUGCUCGUCCCAAGCUCUGCAAGAGGAAGGAGCUGUCUUGCACCAUUAGCUGUGUCAUAACC